GUGAUUGGCAGAUUCCACACACAGGGAGCCGGCUGAUAACAAUGACAGGACUCGGGUUUUGUGGCUGGGUUUGUUCCCUCAGGACCUUCUCUCUCCAUCACAUAUGCCAUAAACACAGAUAACAGCUCCCCUCCCGUGUCUCCCUCCCUGCCCCGGUGUUCACCGGACACUUCCAUCUUGUCUGGCGACUGUUUAGAGCCGCCAUGUAAAUCUAUCCGGCAGAUUCCACACACCGCUUUCCUUCCACAACAAGGGGGGAUUCCCUGCACCGCUUCCCAAUACUAAACACACAUUUACCACGAAUAAGCACUAACGUCGCCUGAACAACCUAGAAAAUGACCGGGACGUAGGCAAUGUGAACGUUAAAGCGGUUAGAACUUGACGGUUAUUGCGGUAGCAAUGUAUAUCAAUAACGGCUAACGGUAAAAAAAAACAAGACCUCAAUGUAGGCUGGAUCAACGGCAUGGAGGCGGCGGGCAACCAAGCCGGCACUUCUGGCGAGAAGAAAAGUCACCAUUGGAGGAGUUACAAGUUGAUUAUUGACCCUGCACUGAAGAAGGGCCAGCACAAACUCUACCGAUACGAUGGAAUACACUUCAGUGUGCCUAACUCGGGCGUCCCCCCGGUGGACACAGUCAGAGAUCCCCGGAUCGGCAGGAUAUGGACCAAAAACAAAGAGCUGGAUCUACCUGUGCCCAAGCUCAAGAUCGAUGAGUUCUAUGUCGGGCCGGUACCUCCUAAGCAAGUGACUUUUGCUAAACUCAACGACAACAUCCGGGAAAACUUUCUGGGCGACAUGUGCAAAAAAUACGGGGAGGUGGAGGAGGUGGAGAUCCUGUACAACCCCAAGAACAAGAAACAUCUGGGCAUUGCCAAAGUCAUCUUUGCCAGUGUGACAGGUGCCCGGGAUGCAGUGAAGCACUUGCAUAACACCUCUGUGAUGGGCAACAUCAUCCAUGCGGAGCUGGACACCAAAGGCGAGACACGAAUGCGGUUCUAUGAACUGUUGGUUAAUGGUUUGUACACGCCUCAGACUCUUCCAGUUGGCAGUGACUUGGAUGCUUCACCCACUGUGAAUGAAACGCCACAGGUUAACGAACUUGUGAAACGUCCUAAAGAAACAGGUGUAGCUGCAUCAGUUACCCCAAAUAGCAGUACCCCAUUUUCCCAGGAUACAGCCUAUUCAAGCUGUCGACAAGACACCCCAAACUCUUACAGCCAGUUCACCCCUCAGUCACAAGGAACCCCUCACACCCCACGUCUGGGAACACCUUAUUCUCAAGACUCCAGCUAUUCCAGUCGGCAAACAACACCAGCUUAUCAUUACGCACAAGACUUUAAACCAAGGAGACAUGAAACAAAGUUUACGGACGCUUACAACCGGAGGCCUGGACAUCACUACGUGCACGGCUCCAGUGUUUAUAGAGGAUCUGAGCAGACUUUUAAUACUACCAGAUCUCAACCGGAGACUCCACAGUUUUCACAUACAUCACCCUUGAGUCAGUCUGGUUUGAAUUUUGGUAAGUCAGCCUUUUCCCCUUACCAGGCAUCUUCCGUUUACACCCAGCACGAGGAGACUUCUUUCCCACAGACAUCACGAGAACCUGAUUAUAGAAGAACAGCAGCGCCACCACUGCCACCAGAGCCUUUUUCUGAUGACGUGUGUAGCGCUAUAAAUAUUGACUUUAUACCAGUUAAGGAGAAACCAGAGGAACCCCCCCCACCAGAGCCUGAGUGCCUCAUAGAGCAUAAAUCUGCAUCUCGUGCUCGGACCCCUGAGAGUCGGAACUCUCCAGGAACUCCUACUUUGGAGUCGGCAAUGCAGCACAAUAGUUUAGACUCCAGAAUUGAAAUGCUUUUAAAAGAGCAAAGAACUAAUUUACGUUUCCUAAAUGAACAAAACUCGGACAAUGAGGUUUUGAUGCAAGGAAGUCCUAUAUCAUCCUCUUCUUCACAAUUAUCACCUAUUCCUCCUUAUAGUUCGAACUCUCAGUAUCAGGAUGUUACACCUUCUUCUAGACCUUCCAGCACUGGGUUAGAGGAUAUAAGCCCAACCCCACUGCCAGAUUCCGAUGAUGAUGAGCCAAUACCUGGCACUGCAUCUCUCUGCCAGAAUUCAAGGUCAACAACUCCCAUUGAUCAACUGAGUCAGCCUUUCAGAAAGGUGGAUAGUACAGAAUCAAAGGAACAUAUGGCAGGCGAUGAAACCCCUACAUCGGAAAAGAUGGAUGAGGUUCAUCCGUCUUCAGGAGAGGACAUGGAGAUUUCAGAUGAUGAAAUGAACACUUCUCCUAUCACUAGUGAAGAAUGUGCCAAUUCCAUUGUUGUGAAUUCAGCUGUCACUAGUUCUGGCGUUAUGACAUCGGUCAUUUCUAUCCUACCUCCUGGUUUUCCUCCACUACCACCACCACCUCCCCCUCCUCCCCCGCAACCUGGAUUCUCCAUGCCACCACCUCUCCCCCCACCACCUCCACCAACUCAUCCUUCAGUUACAGUACCUCCUCCACCAUUGCCUGCCCCACCCGGAGUACCCCCACCACAUAUGUUGCACCCUCCACCACCACCAUACCAUCAAGGCAUGUUCCCCAUGAUGCAAGGUGAAAUGAUGAGUGCCCUAGGUAAUCAGUGGGGAGGAAUGCCUAUGUCCUUUCAAAUGCAAACUCAGAUGCUCAGCCGCAUGAUGCAAGGACAAAACCUUUACCCUUACCACCACUUCAUGGGGAAUUCCAUGCAGUUUAGUAACCAGCAUUCGUAUCGCCCUUUUGCCAUGUCCUCUUACCUUUCACGAGGUCAGCCUUGGCCACCUUACCCAAAGUUCGACCCUUCUGUGCCACCACCAGGCUAUGAACACAAAAAGGAGGAUCCACACAAGGCCACUGUGGAUGGAGUGCUGCAAGUCAUUGUUAAGGAACUUAAAGCCAUCAUGAAAAGAGAUUUGAACAGAAAAAUGGUUGAAGUGGUGGCAUUCCGGGCGUUUGAUGAGUGGUGGGAUAAAAAGGAGCGUCAAGCAAAGCAGUCGCUGACCCCUGUAAAAUCUGGGGAUAACAAAGAUGAAGAAAAACCAAAGGCAACUGUCCAAAUAACAUCAAGUCUGUUAGAAAGCUGGAACAAGGGAGAAGGUCUGGGAUUUGAUGGAAUAGGAGGUCUUGGCUUUGGUCUGCGAGGUGCAAUCCGACUCCCUUCAUUUAAGGUAAAGAGGAAAGAACCUCCUGAAGCUGCACUUGGGGGAGAACAGAAGAGAAUUCGUCCAUCGCCUUCAGUAGAUGAGGAAGAUGAAGAGUGUGAACGUGACAGAGAUGCUCUGGGAACGUCAUUGGAUCCAUCCAAAAAAGAUGCAGACCCUGUGAAUAUCCACAAAAAGCCAGCAAGACCUCUAGCCAGUGAGGGUGAAGAAGAAGCAGAAAGCGAUGGAGAACAGGAGGCUUCUUAUAAGGAAGAGGCCUUAUCUGAGAAAGAUGAAGAGCAAGAUGGCAACUCCGUUGGAGACCUAUUCAGUAAAGAACCGCUUUUUAAUGAAGAUGAUGAUCAUUCAUCAUCGUCAUCGGGGUCGGAUGAUGAGGAGACCAGUGGGAAGGAUGCAGAUCAAGAUUCAGAUGAUGAAGACGCCACUAGUGCAACUUCCUCUAAAGCUGAGGUAGAUUCCUCAGAUGAAAGUGAAGAGUCCUCGGAGUAUGAAUCUAGUUCUGAAUCUGAAGAAGAUGAAGAGGUGGGGGACUCUGAGGAGGAAGAAUUAGUUUUCGAGGAAGAUCAAGAUGAGGAAGUGGAUGUGGAGCACGAGGAUUCUGCAGAAAUUUACAGAGAUGAUGGCAUGUCCAUUCAGAGUAGUCCAGCCAAGGCCUCAGCUGAAGAAGAGCAAAGAACCGAAGAAGGUGACGUUGUGGAAGACUUAACACCAUCAACGGUGGAAGAAGUAUCAGCUUUGGGUGAUGGACACCUCGAUACAGCGACUGUUUGCAAAAGUGAAUUGGAACAUGACACAGCAGAAGUGGUACCAGAGAAACCAGUGGAAGAUGAGACAGAGAUGGAUAUUGAGAAAGCUCCAUCACCAUCAAACCAAGCUAAUGCAGAUUUAGCUGUUGAAGACCCUUCUGAAGUGUAUGUAGAACUCCGCCUAGAGCCAGUCUUAGACAUCCCAAAUGAAGAGGCUCAGGAGAAUGUGGCUAUUCGUCCUGCAACACCUACUGGAGCUUUUGGUGAAUCCAGCUUCACUCCUAAACCCGAGGAGAUUCCUUCAGAUACUCAGCAAAUAGCAGCUAAAUUGCCUCCUUUUGUUGCAGAGGAAGAGGUACUCUGUCCUCGCACGCCAGGACGAGACACAGCUGCUCAUUUGGAUUCUGAGGUCCCUCUUCCAGCUGUCCCCAAAGUAGCUCUUACUGCACUUCCCUUACUCCCCCAUAAAGAUGAGGAGCCAGCAGUCCAUCAUGAAAAGAACUGUGGGCAUUUAGCAGUCACAAAAAUGCUAUCUGAGGAAGAGUUGCCACGAACUCCAGGCAGAGAAUUCUCUGGCAAGCCAUCACACCUUGGGAAGUCACAGAGCACUGAUACUGUUCCUGCUACGCCUGGUAGUGAUGCACCUCUCACAGGUAAUAGUCUGACUCUAACUUCCCCCCACAUUCCUGGAAGCCCAUUUUCAUACCUUUCUCAGUCCCCGGGCAUAAUCAACAGUGGCAUUCCAAGGACUCCUGGAAGAGACUUUAACUUUACCCCAAUUUUCCCUGAAUCUAAUGCUAUGUUUCCCUGCCACCCCUCAAACAAGAAACCCUCUGUUGAUGAGCCUGAUGAAAAAUCAUUUAAAGAACCAGACAGUGCUUCCAUAAUCAUGAAUAGUGUUCCUUCACCCAUCCCAUUUGCUAGUCCCCCAAGAGGGGAUCUUCAGAAGGACAUUGGUUUAACUGUUGAUGAUCUGGAAUUAUCUGUAACGCCAACAUACCUUACAGAAGAUAAACUAUUAAGUGAAGAGAGUGAAUGUGAGCCCUCUAAAACGCAUCUGCCUUCCAUUGAGGAAUCUGCACCCUCACCUACACUUCCUACAAGUAAAAGGAAGUCUGGGAGGCCCAAAAAGGCACCUCCUUCUGCACUAGCAAUAGAAGAUAAUGUUGGCAAAAACUCUGAAACCCUUCCACUGGCUGCAUUAACAGAAAUUGCCCUGGGUAAAGACGUGUUUGAUCAAGCUAGUGAAGUCUGUGGAAUUAAAGAUCCAGCAGCUGUUCCAUUAGACUUCAGGAACGAGGAACACCCUAAUAUUCCAGUGUAUGAAGCCAUAAAUCAGAAGGUUCCAUUAAAGGAACUUGAGAACCAAUGGAAGGAGGAGAGACGAGAAGGGGAAGACUAUAGCAAAUUGAAAAAACCUAACUGGAGGUCUAAAAAAAGAUUUGAUGAGAUAUCUGCUAUUCCUUCUCCUGAAUUUUCUCCACCCCGAUCUAUCUUCAAGCCUCGCUCAGAGUUUGAGGAGAUGACCAUUCUGUAUGAUAUAUGGAAUGGAGGAAUAGAUGAAGAGGAUGUCAAAUUCAUGUGCAUCACUUAUGAUAGGCUGCUACAACAGGACAAUGGCAUGGACUGGCUUAAUGACACUCUUUGGGUCUACCAUCCUCCAACCAGUGUUUUUUCCCCCAAAAAGAAGAAACGGGACGAUGGACUACGGGAACAUGUUACAGGCUGUGCUCGUAGUGAGGGCUAUUAUAAAAUUGAUUAUAAGGAUAAACUUAAAUACCUCAUUAAUAAUCGCUCUUUGGCUGAAGAGCCUCUGAAUGAUACCCAGGGGAAGAGUAUUCCUGCUCAGCCUCACACCUCCACCAGAGCAGGCUCGGAAAGAAGAUCGGAGCAACGCCGACUGCUUUCUUCCUUUACUGGAAGCUGUGAUAGUGAUCUUCUCAAAUUUAAUCAGCUGAAGUUCCGCAGGAAGAAAUUGCGUUUCUGCAGGAGCCAUAUUCACGACUGGGGCCUUUUUGCAAUGGAGCCAAUUGCAGCAGAUGAGAUGGUUAUUGAAUACGUGGGACAAAACAUUCGGCAGGUCAUUGCAGACAUGCGGGAGAAGCGAUAUGAAGAUGAAGGGAUUGGGAGCAGUUAUAUGUUCAGGGUGGACCAUGAUACCAUUAUCGAUGCCACAAAGUGUGGGAAUUUUGCUCGGUUUAUUAAUCACAGCUGCAAUCCCAAUUGCUACGCAAAGGUCAUCACUGUGGAGUCCCAAAAGAAGAUCGUCAUUUACUCCAAACAGUAUAUUAAUGUGAAUGAAGAGAUUACAUACGAUUAUAAGUUCCCGAUAGAGGACGUUAAGAUCCCUUGUCUUUGCGGAGCGGAGAACUGCAGAGGGACACUGAAUUAACCAACCAUCUUUUCUUUUACACCUUUCAGCUAUAGUGGACGGCAGGAUAUAGGUGUAAGUUGCACUUUUGCCAAAAAAAAAGUUAUAAAAAAAAUUAAAAAAAUGAAUGGUUUCGCACUUCUCUUGGGCUUUUGAGCAACAAGAGCACAUGUACAUUAAGACUUUGCUUCUGAUUGUAUGGAUCCUGGUGUUUAUUUUUAUUUUCCACCUCACUGCGGGGAAAAUAAGUUGACUAUCACCGAGUGGCACAGAAAACAUAUACCAGUGGAAAGCAUUUUCUAAACCAACCUUGUUUCUUUUUGGAAUUAACACGGUACCUUUUUUCCUUUUUGUCAUAAAUGCUGCUAGUUUUCUUAUCAGGUGAUCGACAUUAAUAUGAAGAGGAGAUGCUGUAAUGGUAUCCAUUGUAAGACUGAUGUUACCUUUUGGCUUUACUAGAAGGGAUUUUUUUUUUAUUUUAUUUUUUUUAUCUAAAGUUAAACCUUUGUUAAAUGAAAUUUUGCUGGUUACUGUAGGUCCCCUGAAUGUGGGUGUUAAGCUGCUCCUUGAUGCUCCGUAAAAUUCCUCGGCACUAUUAAUUUAAAAUAAUGUCAGAUUUUUUGAUAGGUAAAAGUCGUGCAUAAGAGCAAAUACCAAAGGAUGCUAUUACACUUAUAAACCAGAAAAGAUUUCUCUCUGAACUUUUGUUACAGGGCCGGACUUGAGGACUAAAUCCUGCUAAGUGCUGUACUCUUGCCCAAUUAACAUGCCCUUACUGGCCAAUAAAGCACUCUAGUUGGACAGGGAGAUGGCAUCUGGCAAGGCUUAGACCAAAGGCCAGGCCUGCUAACCAUGGUAAUACCAGGAAUCCUGUGAUAUCUGUUCUUAGUCAGGAUGUUUACUUUUUGUUUAAAAUAUUUGAUGGGUUUGCUCCUGCAGUGCUGCAGCACAUUUUACUGUACACCAUCUGCACCAAAGUACAUACCUGUGUUUGGUGAAGUGCCCUUCAUUGUUGAACAAUAACACAUGUUUUAAAGUUUUUUUAUUCAUUAUAGAGAUGAAUGGCAUGCAUAAUCCACAACCUAAUGUCAUUAGUGCACUAGACUUUAGUGGAUGUCUUGCUGCACCUGGGAGUAGUACCGAUAUUCCCAUCGUACACUUUCCUGGAUAAGGCUUUAGGAGUAGCAGGUGCCAUAGCAACAACCAGCUGGAACUGGAAACAUCACAGAUCAAAUGUACAUAUUUGGCAGCACACCACAGAUCAUCAAUUAUGUCUAAAUCUUGAUUGAAGAAUUAUCACAUCACAAAAAGACAGUGCAAUGUUUCGGAGCCGCCUAGGACCCCCUUCAUCAGGCAUGUGAUGAUCAUCAUGCCUGACGACGGGGUCCUGUGUAGCUGCACCUGGGAGUACACUGUUUGCUGCCAGCUUGCACUGGUCCUGAAGAUUUUAGAACUGUCUCCACUUCUAAGAGAAAUCCAUUCAUCCUUGUGUGUGUUAUCACUAAUGCCUAUUCUCAUUCAGCAAAGACCAUUUGCCUCUCCCCAUUCUUUUCUUUUACAGCCCAGCCUAUUUAUUUAAUCAUGGUUCUGUCUAUGGAAUGUGCAUUUCUAACACGUUCUCGCAGUUAAGCUUCAUAUAUAAGAGUAUUUCAGGAGUGCAUUGACCAGAGAACAAGCAGCUAAAAUGAAUAAAUCAUUCUGGUCAGCAGUUUAUUCAUGGUCCGGUCUGGUAGAUGGGCUCUUCCCGCUCCCUAAAUUAGGCAGCUGUACACUUUCACGGUAGUCUAAAAAUAAGUAACAUGGAUAAUACAAUACAAAUUGAGCGAUUCCUUCGUCAAUAUGUGUUGGUAUAGCAUCUGCUGAAAUAACUAUAUAACACAUGAUCAGCAAAAUUUAACUGCUUUCAUGCUCUUUGUUUCAAAUAUAAAUAAUGUUGCACUUCAGAUUCUCAGAAAUCAUUUUUUAUAAUUAUUUUAAUAGAAGGCUUGGUACUAAUGUCCUUGUACGUUAGAACCUAUGCCAUAUCAUGCAUUCAUCUGGAUGUAGCUUUUUUGCCUGUAUAUACUAGGGUUAAGGCUCAUGCACACAGACCAAUAGAUGCAUUUUUUUGAAGACCAGCCUAAUGUACACUGGUGCAUACAUGUACGCACAUCACGUUACCAUGCAGCAAGCCAACUGUUUCUACUGUAAUGCACUACAAUUCAGUCCCAAGUUGUAUGUGCACAUCAACCUGCAUACACCAUAGAUGUGAAGAUGGUUGUCAUGCAUGUGCUGUUCAACAUGGUAUAAGCACUAGGCAUCAAGCCGCAUCUAUUUGUGUAUGUAGCACGGAACGUAGGCUGCAUUAUAACUUCCUUGAGUUUAUUGGUAUUGUAACGAGGGCACAUCAGGCUUUAUAAGAACAAUACUGUCUUGUAGUUUUCACGUGAAUGUCUAGUAGGCAGUGGCUGCCUUCUUACAUGGCAGACAUUUUUAAUGUAUUUAUUUUAGCUAUACACUGCUGCCAGUAUUAUAGAAAGAUCCAUAUAAUGGACUAGACAAUAAUUCAAGCAACUGAAAUGGCUUCUGUGAAACUGUUCUGUUAUAGGAAUUGUGUUUACGUGUUGAUUUUGGUAUGGGGGGUGGCACAGUAACAGGGUGGCUUGAUCAGUGUAUAUCUGCCUAGUAAAAAGGAAUUGCAGUGUGGAGCUAAAGGCAGAUUGAUUUUCCAGCUUGCAUAUAUCUUUUUAAUAUUAUUGCAGCUGUUAUUUUUAUCAUUUCAACAACCUUCCGUAUUUAUUUUUGUUUUCCACAGUCCACUGACAAAAUUAAUCUUGGUGUUUAGUGUCGUAGCACUGUAAUUUUGUUAAUUAAGGGCUCUUGUGGACAUCAAGUGUGCUUUCCUUCUGCCUGGAAAAUAAUUCCUCUAUUUGGGCGCAGAGUUUUAGUGAUUACUGUUCAGUUGCUUCUGUAAAUUCUCCUUUUUUAAUCCCUUUGGUAGGUCAUUUGAAAAAAAAGUGCAUUACCUCAUUUCACUUGUGACUCCUGAAACAAUCGGUCACAAAGUAGUAUGGUGAUGGCUGGCAUUUGUUCAGUGACCCAGUAAGGCUGAUUUACGAAAUGCCUAAUUUUCAUGCUAUCCUAAUUUAAUUUCAAAUAUCCAAUCAUGUUUCAAGGAAUUGCCAUUUUUCUUUUCACUCCACUGAAGCAGUUUGACUCUGUUAGCAGAUAAUCUCCGCUUAAUAGAACCUUUUUAAUGAAAAUCUUCCUAAUUGGUGAGAGGUUUUCCCAUUUGCAAUACAGUACUGAAUUUGUUUUGGGUAGUGCAGCAUAUUGGAGACAUUUUACAGUAAACUACCAAUACUCUCCCAAAAUAUUCUGUAGCAGAGAGUUCUCGCUCAAUUUUCAUGGAGUGUGUUGUAGCACAGACCUGAACCCUAGAAUGCACGGCAUAACAUCUUAGACAUGUUUAGAUUGCUUUCUUCACUUAAGUGAAUUCUAAGAUCAGAAUGGUGGACAUUACAUAGAUCUUUAUGUAAGAAUGUGAGAAUGAGUGAUUCUCUAUACACUAAAAGAAGAUUUUUUUUCUUUCCAUGUAUGUUUGUUGGCGUGAAUGGAGCAUUAUAUGUUUUGCAUCCUAUUUUACUUACAGCUGCAUCAAAGUGAUCUAGUAUGACCUGGAUAUUUUAAUCGUGCAUCCAUCACACCUAGCCCUGAAUUCUAUCUUUUGACAGUGGGUGUUUUCUGUAAGGGCACAUUGUUUAUGUCUGGGAAAGAACCCUUCAAAUACCAUGCUUACAUUAUCUUCUAAAGGGGAAACCCUUUCCAUGAAUGUAUAUCAUUACCACUUUGAAUUUGCACAGUUGUUUAAUAGAUCUGCAUCCCAGUAGUCAGUUUGGACCAGCCAGAGUAGAGCACAGCACGGCACAUUCUCAUAUUUAUAGUAAAUGGACAUUUAUUCCACUCUAGGGUUCCAGCAUACAACAUUACAGGUGAUAUGAAUAAAAUAAGUGUUUUCUUAAGAGGACACUCAACCUAAAGCACAACCCAAGGUAUACAAGAGAUUUAUAGUUUGUAUCUUUAAAUAUUACCAUACCAUAGCAGCAUUUUUAGAAAGUCCAGACUGCGUAUUCUCUGUGAUUAGCCAUGCUCUUGGCCAUUUCAGACUUGCAAGAGUUCGUAAACUACUCAUAACUUUUCAUUAAAUUACACCUCUGCUUGCUUGCUGGUAGCAAAACGCUAGCCCUUUUCAGAAUACCAUUUUAUAUUUAAAUACCUAUGCACACAAGCAGCUCCACUUUACAAAAAGGUUUACAAUACUAUAAACCACGUUGUACCGCUCUACUUGAGCUUUCUUCCCAUGCAUACUGCCCUCCACUGUUAAAAAAUAUGAUUCAGCUUAUAGUGACUUUUGUGUCUUCCAAAGAUUAAUUAUUCCUCAAAAGCUGUACAAUAAAGUAUUACUGAAUAUCCCCGGUAUACCUUAUGUACUUGCCUUGAGAAACUUUUCAGAUGUUACUUUUCCUCGUGAAUUAUCACCUGCUUAUUUAUUAACCCUUACGCUCAAUUUACAUCUGGCCACCAUGCAAUCUAUCAUGUGUAAAUCCAUAGCCAUGAUAAGGAAACCCACUGUGACUCUAAAAAACAGCACUUGCUGCUAUUCUAAGUACUCUGUGUCAUACAAGCUUGCAGUGAAUACUUACUAGCCCAUGGCAGUAGACUGUAAAAGUUUUCCUUUUUUAGUUAAUUAAGCAAGUUGUCAAGGCAAUAUUUACCCAUAGAAAAUAUAGACAAAGGCCUUAUUUAAACUUGUGUUUGGGGGUAGUAAAAAUGCACAGCUGAGCCGCAUCUUUACUGCCCGCCAACUGUUCACCAUACAAAGGCAAAAAAGGGGAGCGUACAUAUGCUGUGGCCACAAUGCUUUUAAUUUCCCUGCAGCAAAAAUCAGCAACACAUGUGGUUGCAGCGUGCUAGUGGGGGAUUUGAGGGGUUAAAACAACAUGUCAACUGCUGUCUGAAGAGCUAACCAAACAUGGAUCACUUUUCAGGAAGAAACACAAGUCUAAACUAGCCCUUAAAAAUUCACAGCCCCUUCCUAAAUUGGGAACGAAUGCAUCUGGAUACUGGAGCAAUGAGGUUUAAAUGGCAUGUAAUGAACUUGUAGGUUUGUUUGAAUAACACAUCCUUAAAGUGGUUGUAAAUCCAAGUGAAAUAAAGUGAAUAGCCUCAGAUGAUACGUAAAGAUGAAAGAAACAUAAGUUUUACUUGUUUAUCUGCAGUCUUCUCUUUUCUACAUCCCUUCAAAGUUCUGAAAAUCCUUCUGCAUCUGUCAGUAGCACAGAGGAGGGGCGGGAGCUGCAGUUUAGAGCUCUUGUACAGUGUGUGAGAACUGAUUGGAGGAAAGGGACACACCCCCUUCACACACUGCACAGGAAUGAAGGAACAAUGCAGAGCUGUGUGCUGAGCUCUCCUCCCUCGUCGCCAUUUUAUCUGCUGAUAACAAAGGGACUAAGCACCAUAAAUGAAAGCGCUUUGGAGAGAGACAAGUAAACACUACAGAUAUAGGUGCUUUGUUUAGAUUUCAUGUCUGGGGUUUACAACCACUUUAAGCUGUAUAUGAACCAAGAACACUAACACCCGUGUGGAUUUACCUCUGUAUAAAUUAUGUCAGGGCAAAAUAACCUUAUAGAACUGCUUGAAAUAAUAUUUUAAGAAUGAAAUCUAUGAUUUCUAAGCAUCCAGUGUAGUUUUUUUUUAUUUUUUAUUAUUAUUAAACUAGUUGACCGAACUUAAUAUGUUCUGUUCUCACUUAUGACCUUAUUUAAUAUCUGUCUUUAAAUGAAGACUCUGGUUAAUUUGUUCCUUCAGACACUUUGAUAAGCAAUGCCUCUGGUAAGUGCCCAGAUGUUUACACUCCUCAAACCUGUUGGAAAAGAGGGCAUCAACAGCAUGGAUGGAAUAAGAGGAUAAACGCCUCUUUUCCAUGCCCAUGGUGAUAACAGUGAAAGUCUGUUACAAUUUUUCUUCCUUCCCUUCUUUCUCUACAUAUCCCAAAACAGCUGAUGUGGUUAAGAAAAAAUGAUAGACUUGGUGACAAGACCCCAUCACGCUAAUGUGAAUGCUUGGUUUAUAUCGUACUGAAUUGUAAAUUAAGAAACGUACUUGUGUUUGUUUCAAGUGUAUAUAAGCUAGCAUUCCUUCUUUUUUUUAUAUAUAUAUAUAUAUAAAUGCGCAGCCCCAGUAUUCCCAUUUUUCUCCAUUAGCAGCCUUUUUUAUAUAAUGUUUUUUCAAUUCCAGCUCCUCUGUUAAAGAAACCAGUUUAUUAAAAUAACUAUUCUUAUAAUUGGGGGGAAAAAAAUCAACCAAAUAAAACACAACUGAAGAAUGGUUUAUAAUUUUUUUCAUCCAGUGGUUUAUCUGUGCAUUUGUGUAAAUUGUAUAUGUGUGCGUGUGUAAAUAUGUAUAUCUAUAUACUGUAUAUAUAAAUGAAGAGUUUUUUUCCAUGUACCCAGAAUUUUGCAUCUUGUGUACAAAGACUCACUUCAAUCCCUAAGCAUUUGUUUCUUGUAGAAACAAGAUGGAUUUGGUUUCUCUUUGCCGACAUAUUUUUUUGCGUCUGAAAAAGUGUGUAAAUAACUGAAAUGAAUAUUAUAAUUUUGAGGUUUUUUUUUUAAGUUACAGUUGAAGAUAUAAUGGUUUCUAUUCAAUAUGUUUAAAAGUGAACCUGCCAAGGUAGAUUGUGUAUGCCAUACAUAGGAACCGGCAUUUUUCCUUUUUUUUUUAGAUUAAGAAUAUAACUUUUAGCAUAUUGAAAAGGAACCAAGUGUGAUAUGGCAUUGUAUAUUGGAGUGAACAAGUAGCAAAUUUUAGCUUGUGUCAAGCUUUAUAAUAUGUACAUUCUGUAUAAAUAUAAUUUUUUGUCAUGUUCUGUGUAAUUUAGAAGCAUUAACAAAUUAAAUGGAAGAAAGUGGAGGACCCCCUGCAAUAUAAACAUAAACCUUGUAUUUAUUCCCAGAUAGAACAUCUGUAUUGUAGUAUGCAUAAAGCAUAUUUAAUGCUCUUGCUUCCAGAAGCAGUGCAACAAUUUUCUAAUUGCAAGAGUGUUAAACCAGCUUGGCUUCAUUGUUAGAUGGCCAGGAACACGUGCAAAAUAUUUGCAAAGGCUGUUGCAGCGAGUCACAACUGGAUUAUUCAUUACCUGCAUUUAUAUUUUUGUUUCAUUUGUCGGAUAAAAAUUGCCAUUGUAGUAUUUGUUAAAAAUAAAACACUAUAAGGAAUAUUUUAAAGGGGUUGUUUAAUAAAAUAAAAUCUAAUGGCACACUGCUGAAAGUUUUGUGGGAUUAUUUUGUAUAUAAGGAUAUUUUUAAUUGACAAAAGUCAAAAAAACUAAAAAAAAGACAAAAAAAAUUAUAAAAACCAACCAGAAGCCAAGUGACAGGUUUUGCAAUAAAAGAACUUAUUUUUUCAUUAGCAUCAUUUAGCUCUUGUUUUGGAAUCUCUGUCAAAGAGAUUUUGCGGGUUCUAUAUAAUUAUUUUUUAAAGGAAUUCUACAUUUAGGGAUUUUUUGUGCAUAAAACUGCCUUGGAAAUGUACCUUGUUUUGAAGAAAGUGUUUUUUUUUUUUUUUGUGGGUGUGUCUUGCCUGUAUAUAUCUGUUCAUAUUUUUGUGAAUUCAAUACUCUGUACCAUUGUAUUAUAGUAACUUUUAUAAAGCAAACCAUAAAUAUACUCACUUUUCUUACAGAAAA